UUUGCAUGAUAAUGUUAUAAUACAUUAUUUUUGCACCAUUUUGACAAUUUUUUUAUAUCCUCUCAGAGAAGGAAAACAAUAUUCACUAUGCCUAAGGCGUCCUCUCGCUCCACCGCUGCUGCCCGCAGGCAUAAUCCAUUAGCCGAUGACAUCUUAUCGGCAGGCCAUUUAAGAGCGCAGUCCAGCAGAAAAAACAGUCGCAAAUCACGAUCGAGCGAAGCUGAAGAGAAUGGGGAGCGGUUCGUUGACGCAAAAUUGUCCCGCAAGAUUCUUCAAAUAGGCCAAGAGCUAGCUGAGGAGGACGCUGCGGAGCAAAGUGCUCUAAGGGGAGAGGAGGAACCGAAUCAUGCUUUUGAUUUUGACUCCCGUUUUGAAGAUGAACAUCCAUCGGAAGACGAAGACAUCUACGGAGAGGAUCAAUGGGUUGAGGAUGAGGUUGAGGAAGUGGAAAUUGACCCAAAUGACCUUGAUACUUUCCAUAAAUUCAUCCCCGGCGGCGAUGAAGAUCCUAUAUUCAAUCCACGAGGUCCUGGCGCUGGUGGUCAAGGUACUAAUCUAGCAGAUCUCAUUCUAGAAAAGAUUGCCGAACAUGAGGCUAAACAGGCUGGUGGGGGCCAGCCACUAAUCCAAGGAGGGGGCCUACCAGAAGAUGCUGUCCAGAUACCUGCGAAAGCAAUUGAAGUAUAUGAGAAGGUUGGCAUGAUUCUCUCCCGCUACAAAUCAGGGCCCCUUCCAAAGCCCUUUAAGAUUCUUCCGACUAUUCCAAAUUGGCCGACUCUCCUUUCGAUUACCCAACCAGAGUCGUGGACUCCCAAUGCUGUUUAUGCCGGGACUAGAAUUUUCAUUUCAUCCAAACCUGCUGUUGCGCAGGAGUUUAUCUCGAGCGUGCUACUUGAUCGAGUCCGGGACGAGAUUCACGAGACCAAGAAGCUCAAUGUUCACACUUACAACUCGUUGAAGAAAGCAUUGUAUAAACCAGCUUGUUUCUUCAAAGGGUUCCUAUUUCCGCUCGUUUCGAGCGGCACCUGCACAUUGCGGGAAGCCCACAUCGUGUCCUCUGUCAUCGCACGUGUAUCUAUUCCCGUUUUGCAUUCUGCGGCUGCUCUUCUCCGGAUGUGUGAUAUUGCCGCUGAGCAAUCAUUAAAAUCGCUUGAAAGCACAGGGGCCGUGAACACAUUUAUCCGAGUUUUCCUACAAAAGAAAUAUGCGCUUCCCUACAAGGUUAUAGAUGCACUUGUCUUCCAUUUCCUGCGUUUCCGUGCUUCCAGUGGUCCUGAAGAUACCAUGAUGACUGAUGGACCAUCCGCAACCGCUUCUAAGGCAUACAAGCUUCCUGUUCUUUGGCACCAGUCGCUCCUAGUAUUUGCACAGCGCUACCGCAACGAUAUCACCGAGGAUCAGCGUGAGGCGCUCCUUGAUCUCCUCCUUGUGCGCGGGCAUAAGGACAUCGGACCUGAGGUGAGGCGAGAGCUUUUGGCUGGUAGAGGCCGAGGCAUCGUUGUCCCUGACCCCGAGAAACAGAGUGCUCUCGAUGCUGGAGAUGACACGAUGGACGUUACAAUGUAAACGGGUUCGUUGCAUAUGUUCUCACUACUACGAUAUGUUUCAUGAACUCUUGCUUGGGAAGUGGCGUUCUGUUGUUACAUGUGGCUUACUUUGUCGUUUCAAUGCUUGGCAUGUUUUGCCACAGCACUACUAUAGAGGCUUAUUCUGGUAACGGUCAACGAUGUCAAGUCAGUCAAAAGUUGGUGCGAGAUGUUUCUGGAAACUCAGCAUUUUCAGUCGAAUUUUGCAUACUGGUCAUCAAUUAAUAGCAGACUGUUUAAAAGCUACACCAGUUAAAAUUAUAGCCAUCGUCCAGUAUCGUAACGGUUCUGGAAAAGGAAUGGACAUCGGAACUGAGCGCUCUUUGUUCCAAGAAAAUGCGGCGGGGACAUGUAACCGGCUGUGUUAUUAUAAUAAUGAUAAUAACUAGUUAACUAGUACGGACUCCGGAGUUGUAAUAAUAAUGAUAAC